AUGGAUUCCGAAGACUCUGCGUCCGUCGCUCCAGAGACAUCAUCCACAACUCCUCCUGAUCCCCACGCCGCAGACCCUGGGUCGAACCUGCGACCUCCUGUCCUAUCUCGUUCAUCAACACUCGGUUCCAAGAAAUGCUGGAUAUGUAUGAGUGAUGCGACGGAAGAUGAUCCGAACGAUCCUCCAGUUUGGCGCUCGCCCUGCCAAUGCAGUCUCACUGCCCACGAAGCAUGCCUUUUGGACUGGGUAGCGGAUCUCGAGAAUCCUAAGAACAGCAAGCGAAAAGCGUCGGGCAAGAUUCUGUGUCCACAAUGUAAAGCCGAGAUCAAGAUAUCGAGACCGCGGAGCUAUGUUGUGGAUUCCUACCGGAUGCUGGACCGCGCGUUGGGAAAGUUAGUAUUUCCCGGUCUCGGCUUGUCUGUUCUGGGCUCUUUCUGGACCGGAGCUUGGGUUCAUGGCUUCUAUUCGGUUUAUCUGGUGUUCGGCCAGGAAGAUGCUACACGUAUAUUCACGGACGCUCUCCAGCAUCCACUCCGAAAUUUCGCGUACGCGCUCAUUCCGAUCAACCUUAUUUUUGCGCGCACGAACUAUGCCGACUUUGUGCUGCCGUCGGGCUCAUUGGUCCUCCUUGCCACACAGCUCAGCGACGGUUUCGAGAUCGACCUGACUGUUUGGCCACCCUUACCCUCUACAGUCUUUGCAUGCUUACCUACCAUACGAUCAGCAUACAACUGGUGUUAUCACAAGGCUUUCUGUGACCUCAACAGGAAGUGGUUGGAGGAGAUACAACCUAGCCAUGCGCGGCAAGAGGACGAUGAAGUCGGAAACGGUGGCGGCAAUCCGGACUUCCCAGAGGAGAUUGGGGAGGGAGGCGUCCUGUUGGAAUUAGAGGUCAACCUUAAUGCGGAACCUGAAGCCAUGGAUGGCGCCCCGGCCGAAGCUGGAGAGCAACAAGAUGGACAGGCGGAACCGCAGAACGGUCACGUUCAUCAUAUCUUCGGGGAUAGAGGAGACCAAGUCGUUGAAGGCACAUCCUCGAUUGGCCAAAUGGUUCUUGGAGCAUUAGCCUUCCCAGCAGUGGCCGCAGGAAUGGGCACUCUUCUCGGCUACCUUCUGCCAUCUUCAUGGUUGAGUCCAUCGAACCAGAUGAACGGUCGACCUGGACUUCUCAGAACUAAAUGGGGUCGAAGCGUCGUGGGAGGGUGCCUAUUUGUUGUGCUCAAAGAUGCUCUUGUGUUAUACUGCAGAUGGAAGCUUGCACAGGGCCAUCGACAGAGACGGAUCAUGGACUACGACAAAAAGACGAAAAGAUACUUGCUUUGA